AGUGUUUUCUCUGUGUUAAAUAAUGUGUUAAAUUUAACCACAUGGUUAACUGUUGUUCAAAAUUGUGUUUGUGUUAACAAGGUGUUAAAUCUGUGUUAAAUUUAAUCCACCUACGGUAGGUAGAUUAAGAAGUUAACACCGUGAUUAAAUAUGGCCGCCAACUUUCUAAAUCACCCGCCUGGACCCAGAAAACAGCGUGUUUUCCGACUUCACACGAAUUUAGAAGGUUGGACUGAUGCUGAAUUGAGAAGAAGGUACCGGUUUGGUCAGCAUGGCAUAAAUUUUAUUGGUGAUGUCAUCAAAAAUGACUUGGAAAGAGCCACCAAUAGGAACUGUGCGCUUAGCGUCCAGCAUCAAGUAAUGAUUACCUUGCGCUACCUUGCAAGUGGCAGCUUUUUGCAGGUUGUCGGGGACACUCUAGGGUUUGACAAAAGCACAGUAUCCCGCACCAUUAAGAGAGUCACCGAAGCACUGGUUAUGAAAGCUGACACAUUUAUUCGAUGGCCUGACGCAACAACAAAAUCUAGCAUCAAAACUGGGUUUUACCGGCUAGCAGGUUUCCCCAAUGUAGUCGGAUGCAUCGAUGGGACUCAUGUACGGAUCCAGGCCCCAUCACAUGACGAAAAUUCCUUCCUAAAUAGGAAAGGAUACCACAGUAUCAACGUCCAAGCUGUAUGUGACCACGAUGGAAAAGUUACAAACAUCAAUGCAUCCUGGCCUGGGUCUGUACAUGAUUCCCACAUCUUCAGAACAUCACAGAUCAGAACAUAUUUGGAGGAGGAAGAAAAUGGACUAUUUGAAAAUGGAGUUCUGCUAGGAGAUAGUGGAUAUGCUUGCCGACCAUUUCUUUUAACUCCUUAUGCCAAUCCCCAGACUGAACCUGAGGAGAAGUACAAUCAAGCCCAUGCAAGAACAAGAAGUGAAAUUGAGCGCACCUUUGGACGGCUCAAACGAAGGUUUCAUGUUCUUCACUCAGAGAUACGAAUGAAGCCUGACAGGGCAUGCAGAAUCAUCAUAGCAUGUGUUGUCCUCCACAACAUCGCCAUUAACCUUGGAGAGCCUGAGGAUGAUGAUGAAGUUGAGGAAGACCAGCCCCAGGUACCUGCAUUUCAAGGCCAACAAGAUGGAAGAGGGGUGCGGGACUAUGUAACACAGCAUUACUUUAGCUAAUAACUGAUAUUUGAAUAUGUAUAAGGAAUUGUACCCAUAAUAAGACUUAAUAUCAUAUCAUAACUAUUAAUAAUUACCUCUUAGAAAUGAAAUAUGCUAAAAGUGUUAAAUUGAAACAUCAUUAGUAGAAAAGGAAUGAUUUCACCAGCUACAAAUUAAAAAAAAAUA